UUUGCAACCUCUCAUCCAAGAGGACAAAACUCGAAGACUUUUUCCCUUGCGCCGUCGCGAUGCUUCCUUCUCAUCUCCAUGUAGCCGAUUUCGGCAUCUUUGCCGUUGUCGCCCUCUUUGCUCUUUUUAUAGCUCUCGUUUGCUUGAUCGACUUCAGGAAAUCAUCGAAAGGUCCCUCUAUCCCAGGGCCCGAAGCCAACGAUCCAGUAAAUGGCAACCUCCUAGAUGUAAAGAAAGCUGGCAGCUUGCAUGAGUACUUAUUGCUUUUGCACAAGACCUAUGGACCAGUUGCCAGCUUCAUGUGGGGAACAAUUAACGUCGUCAGUGUUGCUGACCCAACACUCUGGAAAGAGUUGAGGAGUUUAUUUGACAGACCUCCGGAGCUCUUCAAAUUGUUUGAGCCAUUGAUAGGAAAAAAGAGCAUACAGUAUGCCAAUGGUGUCCAUGGGAGGAAGUUACGACAACUGUUUGAUCGCGGCUUCAGUCACCAAGCUGUAAAGGAUUACUACCAGUCAUUUAUUGAGGGAGCAGAGAAGGUGGCCAAUCAAUGGGUGAUAAAGUCAAGUGACGAGCACAUCCCAAUAGUUGAAUCAAUGCUCAUGUUGGCCAUCAGAGCAAUAGGCAAAGCUGGGAUGGGCAAACAGUUUUCAGCAGAAAAAGAUGUGCAAGCCUUCAUGAAUGCCUAUCGGACUACUUGGGAAGAAAUGGAAGCUUGUCUGAACGGAUCCCUGGCAACCAAAGGAAGUAAAAGAGAUCAAAGAUUUCAGCAUGAUAUGGAGGUGAUGAGAAAAAUGAUACGGGAAACAAUCAGCGCCAGGAGAAAUCAGAGAAUGAGCAGCCCUGAGCCAUUAUUCAUUGACUCUGUGCUUGACUGCGAUUUCAUUGAUGAAAAAGAGAUGGAAGACGAUAUGAUAUCUUUCUUUGUUGGUGGAUUUCACACCACUGGAAACAUGAUGAGUUGGUGCUUCUACUACCUGGCCAUUCACCCUGAGAUACAGGAAAAAGUCCAUCAAGAACUUAUCGAUGUUCUGGGCAAUGACGCAAUAGACCCACAAGCUGCCAGCGAAUUACAGUUUUGCAGGCAAGUUCUGGAUGAGACGCUACGCUGUGCUGUGGUGGCACCGUGGGGGGCUAGGGUUCAGUACGAUCAUGACCUACAGAUUGGAGAAUAUGUUGUGCCAAAAGGGACCCCCAUCAUUACCCCGUUUGGUGUUGUCCUUCAAGAUCCAGAGUUAUAUCCAGAACCCCAGAUGUUUGAUCCAGACCGUUUUUCGCCAGAAGCGAUGAAGGAAUUACCUUCGCACGCCUAUGAGCCAUUCGGCUUUGCAGGGAAGAGAAAGUGCCCAGGUUGGAGGUUCUCUAUCGCCGAAGGGCUGGUCUUUCUCUCCGUUUUCGUGCGUCGUUUCAAAAUCAGACUCGUGCCAGGCCAAAAGGUCGAGCCUGUGUACGGCCUGGUAACCACGCCCAAGGAAGAGUUGUGGGUAGCAGUAGAGAAGCGAAAGUGAACUUUGCGCCAUUACAAACUUCGUCGGGAGCAUCAUUUGGUGUCCGUAUCAGCGAGAUUCCUCAUGUUUUGUGGUCAAAGCCCCCCAGGUGUGGCGUGAGCUGACUGCGUCUGCAUAUUGAUGUUUAGCUAGGUAACUUGGUAAAUUGUAGAACAAACCAAUAUUGGCCGUUAUAUCCCGACGUAACUUUUCGAUAAAAAUUGAUAAUCAAAAGGCAAUUGCUAAAUUUGAUAAAAGCUAAUAACAAUAUCCUAACUGGUUUUAAAAUAUUAUCAGCAAUUAGUAACAAUUGAUACCUAAUUAAUUUCUUCGACCAUUUGUUUCAAUUGAUAUCAUUUAAUAUUAAUAUUAAUAUAUUAAUAUUAAUUCGCCGCAUUCGAACUAUAAAUUAUUUAUCGAUGAAUAUCAAUUAGAUUGACUUGAAUAUAAAGUGUUAUCAAUUAGAUUACUUAUCAAUUUCUAACAAUUAGAAUUUUAAUUACCAAUGUUAUCUGUUAUUAUUUUCUACCAAUUGAUAUCAAAUUUUAUCAAUUAGACUCAUUUUUUAUUAAUAUUUUUUUAUAUAAAUUGAUAUAGUUAUUUAGUAAAUUGAAUAAAUUAAAAUCUAAAUCUAUUAAUAUGAUACCUUUUAUCAAUUUUAUCAAUAAGUUACGUCUGGGUUUUAUGUAAAGAAGUGUUAACUACCCAAGAGCUGUUUCCUCAAUGUGCCCGAGAUCCAAAAAUCAAUAUUUUUUACCAAUUGGUCGAUAUGGAGCAAAAUGAUUUGUUCACUAAAUUCUUUAUUAUUCGAUCAUGUUAAGGAAGCGUAUUCGCCAAAAUUCAGACUAACAUGUAAUUGGGUAUAACUAGAAAAAGAAUAGGUGGUAUGCCAAGAAAAAAACUAGGUGGAAUCAAACUUCAAAUGGUAUGUUAUACGCCUCUUUAAAAAAAGCAGUAAUUUUGCUGGUGUUUCGGGCGUUAGCCCUUUGUCGGAGCAAAAGAGACUAAACCAAUGAUGAAUUUCUCUUUAGAAUUUCUCCCUCUGUUAUAUUAUUUGUGUCACAUAUAUGAAUGUAUUCGCCUGUUGAUGAUUGUUAUAACGAUUUACUCAAAAUAAGUGUAAAAGUAAAGAGGUAUAGAAAAAAACACAAAUAAAAGAAGAUAUUAACUAUGA